GAAGAAAUGGAGGGCAGGGAGGGUGGUGGGCCAUAGCUUGUGUGCAUGGAGUUCUGUGGAAUGAAAAAUCUGAGUUCUAUUCCAACUGCCUCCCUCUUACCGUCUCCUUGGUUUAAUUCUUUAAAGUAAUUAUAUGAGCCAUAAUGUUUAGGAUUAAAUUGGCAAAGUAAUUGGGAGCAAGUGGUAAGAGAUGAGAAGAUGAAGUGGUAUCUUCCAACAAGAUUGGAUCAUACUGUAUUUGUAUCAUAGUACUAUAGGCCGCUGAUUUGCAGCAUUGGACAAAAUUGCUGAGAGUUCCUUCAGCUCUGCAUCCCUUCAAGCCUCGCUGCCCUGAUCUGCAAGGAUGGGGAAAUGGGUUAAGUGUUGACAGAAAGGGCAAGAGUGACAAUAUACUGGAUGGAAAUUAUUGCUCCCACAGUGCAGUUAAUACAGUAUAGCUUUGCUGUGGUGAAAAAGCAAGCUCUGUAAAGUUACUUCCUGCAUUUUCAAGUUCUUCCUAUGGUUUGUGUCACCGUUGGCUAUAUAUAAUAUGUUCUCCAGUGGGAGCAGAGGUACAGUGAAACAUUUUAGCUGAAUAAUAUGGCUAAGUCCGCUGUAGAGUAUGUAGCCAGCUCAUUUUUGCUGUUGCCUUCGGGAUGAAAGUCAGCAAGUGAGAAUAAGGCAACAAAUGCAUGGUCAUCAUUCAAGACUUUCUGGUGGCUGAAAUGUUGAUCUUCCUCCUUAUAGCACUCAUGUUCAGCCUCUUGCACAUUCUAAUGCAGGGGUCAGCAAACUUUUUCAGCAGGGGUACGGUCCACUGUCCCUCAGACCUUGUGGGGGGUCGGACUAUAUUUUGAAAAAGAAAUAUUAACGAAUUCCUAUGCCCCACAAAUUACCCAGAGAUGCAUUUUAAAUGAAAGGACACAUUCUACUCAUGUAAAAACAUGCUGAUUCCUGGACCGUCUGUGGGCCGGAUUUAGAAGGUGAUUGAGCUGCAUCCGGCCCCCGGGCGUUAGUUUGGGGACCCCUGUUCUAAUGUAUAGAUUUUGUUUUGUCAUGUUAACUUUAUGUUUGGCAAAAAUCAAUCUCUUUUGGACAAUGUGGAACUGUGAAAAUGUUAAGGUGUUAUGUGAGCAGACUUGAGAAAAGUCUCAAAUUUUUCUUUCUUCCUUAGAUUUCUUAGAUACGAGCGUCAAAUGUCUGUCCUGCACGGAGCAGACAAAUAUGGCAUGUACAUAAACAGCUGAACCACCUGUUUCAGAUAUGUAAACAACAGCAUAAAAAACUUUAGCAUUCAGGCAAUCCAGCACUUGGAUUCUUUCGUGCAGCUACAAUUCACUGUGAAUAUCCUAAAUAGGGCUUUGUACAGCAGUGUCAGCUAGGAAAAGAAAAGCAUAUUCUUCUUACACAGGAAAACUAUUGCAUAGGUUUAUUCAUGUGGAUGCUGUAUUUGACAAAAUGUAAUUUUUUAGCAUUAACUUGGUAAGGAUUUUGGUAUGGGAAUUAUAUUACUUAAGCAUGAAAUGUGAGUUAUAAAACUAAGAUUUUAUGGCUUUCCUUAGGUAUAAUGUACUCUGUGCGUAUUUUCAACACUAAAGUAACACCAUUAUCAGGCUAUGUUAUUUUAAGGCAAUGGCAUCUAAUUUAACGAACUCAGUUUGAAAAUGCGGAACUUCACAUUUUGAUUUCCCUUGAGAUUGCUUUAAAAACAAUAUUGAGUAUGCAAAAUUAUGUCUUUUUUUAUUCUGCAGUGUUCAACUAAAGGAACCCAAGUUAACUUAAAUCUAUAUGAAGCUGAUGACUACAGAAAGAAGGUAGGCAAAACGAUUGUAUAAAGGAGAAUUUGAAGCAACUGUCACUGAGAAUGACACUAGAUCUUGCUCAGCACCAACCUAGUGAUACUUUUAUUGCUUUAUUUUUUUUGUAAACAGCUUUGAUGGUUUUUCAACCGAUAAAGUAGUGAAUAAGUUUUAUGGGAUAAAUAAUAAAUAACCCAAGAACAGCACUGCUGGAUCAGACUGAAGGCCUAUCUAGUCUAGCAUCCUGUUCUCACAACAGAUGUCUAUGUGAAGACUACAAGCAAUCAUGAGCACAACAUCAGUCUGUCCUCGAAAGAUAUGGCUGCAUAAUGCCUAUUAAGAUUAUUGUCUUGGUCAUAUGCUAACCAUAUUGUUCCCCACUUAAAAAAUAGCAAAGAAAGGCCAUGGCAGCGCUACACAACUUGUGACCCAUGAAAAUGAUCACAUCUCUACUAGGAUCUCUGCUCCUAGUAGCCUUUGGAGAGGGAUGUUUCUGGGAAGGGUGUGUUCUCUGCUCUGCUGCCGCCCCUGAGGCUUUGAGGCAGACAUUGUCAAUGCCUUCUGGCUCCCUGUUGUGGGCGUUGGGCAUUGGGUGAGCUAGACUAGAACAGGGUUUCCCAAACUUGGGUCUCCAGCUGUUUUUGGACAAUUCCCAUCAUCCCUAACCACUGGUCCUGCUAGCUAGGGAUGAUGGUAGUCUAAGAACAUCUGGAGACCCAAGUUUUGGAAACCCUGGAAUAGAAGAUGGACAAGCCCUCUCACCUCAGAGACUGGCAACAGAAAUGUUUGUAAGCAGCCUUGAAGACUUAACUGGUGGAAAUGCUUUUUAAAACCAGUGUGCCCUAAUCUCAUUUCCUUGUAGACUAGAAAGGCAUUAAUCAGAGAAGUGUGUUUAAUAUAUGAUGGAACAUACAUUUCAAGAGUGGAUUUUUGAUGUCUGUUUCACUGAUUUGAAGUUGAUUUGGAUGAUUAAGGGAAAGUGGGACAUGUGUGCUUUAUUACUUAUCUAAUAUCCUGAAGAAGAGUUCAAAAUGUUUUCUACAUAAAAGGAAAAAAUUCAGGCCCACAGAAUUGUGAAGUUGUAGUGUGAAUAUGGGUGAAAAGAAACCAGAACCUUUGGAUUUUGUAAAAGAUUUUCAGGAAUAUCUGACUCAGCAGACUCACCAUGUGAACAUGAUUUCAGGCUCUGUUGGUGGGGACAAAGAAGCAGAGACUCUUCAAGGAGCAGGGACAGAAGGUGAUCAAAAUGGACUAGAUCAUCCUUCGGUCGAAGUCUCACUGGAUGAAAACUCUGGAGUGUUAGUAGAUGGGUUUGAAAGAACUUUUGAUGGAAAAUUGAAAUGUCGGUAUUGUAACUAUGCCAGCAAAGGAACAGCACGUCUCAUAGAACAUAUCAGAAUUCAUACAGGUGAGAAACCACACAGAUGCCACUUAUGCCCCUUUGCAUCAGCAUACGAACGUCACUUGGAAGCUCAUAUGCGAUCGCAUACAGGUGAAAAACCUUACAAAUGUGAAUUGUGUUCAUUCCGCUGUAGUGACAGAAGCAACCUGUCUCACCACCGCAGGCGCAAACAUAAAAUGGUGCCUAUAAAAGGUACAAGGCCUUCCCUUAGUAGCAAGAAGAUGUGGGGUGUCUUGCAGAAGAAGACCAGUAACUUGGGGUAUAGUCGAAGGGCGCUAAUAAACUUGAGUCCACCUUCCAUGGUGGUUCAGAAGCCGGACUACCUUAAUGACUUCACUCAUGAAAUCCCAAGCAUUCAGACUGAAGCAUAUGAAAGUAUGACAAAGCCAACAGAGACUGGUGGGUUACCAAGAGAUCCACAAGACCUUAUGGUAGAUAACCCUUUAAACCAGCUAUCUACUUUAGCAGGACAGUUGUCUAGCCUGCCCCCUGAAAACCAAAACCCACCCUCUCCUGAUGUUGUACCGUGUCAAGAUGAAAAGCCUUUUAUGAUGCAGCAGCCUGCUGUGCCAGCAGCCGUUCCAGCGAUGUCGACCAGUAUUCCUCAGAGUUCAUCCCCUACGAGUCCUGAUCCUCGCCCUGCACAUUCUCAAAGAAACUACAGUCCGGUUGCGGGUCCCAGCAGCGACCACAGUGCUCAUGCCAGCACCCCGAGCAUAAGUAAUAGCCAGCCAAGCACUCCAGCACCAACUCUUCCAGUUCAGGAUCCUCAGCUUCUGCAUCACUGCCAGCACUGUGAUAUGUAUUUUGCUGACAAUAUCCUUUAUACGAUCCACAUGGGAUGUCAUGGCUUUGAGAACCCUUUCCAGUGCAACAUAUGUGGUUGCAAAUGUAAAAACAAGUAUGACUUUGCUUGCCAUUUUGCCAGAGGCCAACAUAACCAGCAUUGAUUGAAUAUAAGUUAUACCAUGCAUUCAUUUAUCUGUGUUUGUUUAAACACAUUGCUGUCUUGUCUUUUCGCUGCUACUGGAGAGGUUGCGUGCCCUUUUGGAGGAAUCCAGUUAAGCAGAUUUAACAUCAAAGGCAAUUACCUUUACAUGCUUUCAUGAUUUGCUAGGGACGUGCUUGUUUACCAUGGUGGCAUUCUUCACAUGGUUCCUAAAAUAAGAAUGAGGUUUGUAGUGCAAUUAUUAUUAUUACUAUUAAUGGAUAAUCAGUGCAACACAAUAUAUACUGACCUAACAUAAUGUGGAUCUUGUCGAUCAACACUUGUGUCCAAGUACUUAACAAAUACUUAACAUUAAGCUGAGCUACUGGAGUAGCCUUUAAUUCCGUCAUACAUAAUGCACUCGGAUAUUUUCAGUGUAGAAGCUAUAUGCAACUGUGUAUAAACUGACCAUCCCUAUAAAAUAUUGUGUAAAGAGUAAACAGAGAUAAAGUUGAUGUCUACAACAAAACUUAAAUCUAGGAAAAGUUUAAUUGCUGUGAGGCCUUUAAUAAAGCUCCUGUGGUAAUAGUGAGUCAUGAUGUGGAAAACUAGAACAGUAAAAAUGUGAAAUAGGGUACAAAGACAUCCACUUUCCAUUACUGCUGACCCCCUUCUAAAGGAAUACAAGGAAACAGUGCCUAGUAUUAAAUGUGUGUAAUUUUAAAAACUGUGUGCAGAAAGAAAACUGGAAGAAAAUGGGUAAUGUGUUAAAAUAUUGUACCAUAAUCUUCAUACCUAGCUUGCAUUGCAUUGCAUUGCAUAGAACUUCAUUACCAUUUAAAUGCUAAUGUGUAAGUUGUUUUGUCUUUGCCUUCUGGUAGUAACGUUUUUACCUUAAAAUGAAGUGGCAAGGAGGUUAUGAGAUUAUGAUAAUCCAUUAAGAUUUCACAUGGGUCAUUUUAUCUGUGAAUGAUGAGUGCACUUCUUGAAAAGAGCAUCCUUGUCCAGGUAAACAGCAGUCAAAAGAGAACAUUCCAUAUUGGGUUUUUUGUUAUAGUUCUGGACUUGACAAAGCAAAAAGUUUAUAUGAGGAAUCACUGACUAAUUACAGUGGAUAAAUACCAUAAGACAUAGCAGUCAGCUGUUUCUGCCUUGAUCUAGAUAAGUGAAUAGGCACUUUAAACAAACUAUGCUAGCAAAAACUGUGGUGCUAGCUUUUAGCACAUGAAUCCUUAAUAUACAGGGGAAAACACUUACUUUGACAUGCACUUUUAUUGUAUAUCUUCGUUGUUUUAUUUUAAGGGAAAGAGAGGUCUUUAUACUGCUGUCACUUGCAUAACAAGUAAAUAUGCACAUGCACAUACAAACCUAGGACAGUGUGCUUUUAUUGAAUGGUUUCGCAUCCCAAAGUACGUUCCUUUGUGUGAAUAAUUGUCUAGUAUACCCCUCUCCAUCUUCAGCGCUUUUGGUAGAGGAGCAUUCUUCUGAUAGCCAAAAUAGGAGCACAAAUUAGAAAAGUCCUCUUGAGUCAGUUAAGUCAUCACUGGUCAGUGCAAAACCUUAUCAGUAGAAUCCUAUCUAGUAAGGUGUAAGAAAUCUUAUGCCAAAGUCUACUUGAGCAAUUGGGUCCCCCCCCCCUCCUGUAGCCACAUGGCACCACAAAGGUCCUAAACUAUAAUAAGGUGGAGGAUGCACAGUAUUUACUGAGGUAAACAGCACAUAGUUUGAGCAGAUUAUGCUGCUGGCACUGUACUUAAAGCAGACUAAAAACAACCUUCCCGUGUUUUUGUCUCUUUAAGUUUAGAACCAUUUUUCAGAGGGAAAGCCCUCUCAAGCAGCUAUAUUUAAGACCUUAAUUUCAGUUCUUGACAUUCUCUUAUCUUUCUCAAAGUUAAUGUUCAGUGUCUUAAUACAUUUGUGUAACUGUACUCAAUGUUUGCAUUCCGACGUAUAGAAGUACUCCGCCAGAAUAUUCUUGGAAUUGCCUUCUGCCUCUCUAAAAUGGCAUAGCACCAAAUUAGUCUUGCAACUCUAGUGCCAUAUAUGUUGCACUCAGGAAGUCAGUGACAAACUUAUCAUUAGUCUUGUUUGAUUGGGAUUGCAUGCUAUGACAGCAGAGAACCUAAAAUAUACUAUGUAUGUUUUAAUUACAGUGCUGGAUAUGUUGAAUGGACUAACACAGCUAAAUAAAGGCUGCUUGUAAAAAU